GUUGAGGCUUUCGAUAGUGCGACAAGCUUGCGGGCCCCUAGUGGAAAAUCGGCAUGAUGUCAUUGGGUCCUCUGCAAGACUCGAAUCUUCGGUGUCAAUGCCCAUGGGAAAGCCACCGAGCAUGUGGAAACAUACGCGUGGAAUGUUCCAUUGCUUUGUUGGCACCCGUUACCGCCGUUCUAGAAUGGAGUGUCUUGCACAGCACUUCUAUCAACGUGAUUGUUGGAAGGGAUGGGACUUUGUGCAGCUGUGAAGAUGUCAGGUGUGUCCCAAGUACAAAUUCGCACUUUGCAGGGACGCAGUCUAGUAUAGCCGUUUGCAAUCGCUACCGCACAAUUUGCACCGCUAUUGCGCAACUGGAAGAGAGCUCACCAGGAGACAUGAACGCCAGUACAAGUGCAUUGCCCGAUAAGGCUGCAAUACAGCGAGCUUCGAAAAGUAGCACCGGAGCAAUCACUGGUGAUCGUAAUUUCGUAUACGAUGAUAACGCUCCUUCCUCGCAGGAGUCAUCGACUUCUUUCAACAGCCUCACGGAAGACUUUCUCUACGAGAUUGAGGGAUCUAUCUGCGCUAGCCCUGUUGACUCCAGUAUUACUUUGAGCAGCAUCGAGCUCGACAGUGUCGACAUAGGGGACGUCGUUGUCCAGGCUAAUAGUGUAGAGUGGUUAGUUCGGAUAUGUUUCUGCGACAGCGCUAGCUGUUGCGGAAAGACUGUUGCACGAUUGGAGAGCGGGGAAAGGAACCUAGUGAGGAAGUCGGCAUGGCGAAAACGUGUAUAUGCGAAAGAUCAUGUGGAAGAUGUUGAGGAAGAUUGUAUCGUUCAGUCGUGAUAUAACUACUAUACUCCUAAAAUGAGAGGUGGAUACCUGAACGCUUGAAAGGGUAUAUAACAUGCUUGUUUUGUACGCCG